AUGAGGGAGAAGCCCCCUGGCAUGGCGCCGGUCGCUGCCACUAUGGCCCAGGUGCCUCGGUUGGAGUCCCACGAGACAGACCCAGAGCUCAUGAACGAAUUCAUGCCAGAAGAGUGGAAGCCGCUGGAAAAGAAGAUCCGACGCAUGGUAGACCUGCGUCUGUGUACAAUCGCGGGCGUCCUGUGCAGUCUGAACCUCCUGGACUCGGGCAUUCUCUCCUCGGCCUCGGUAACGAGCAUGCUGGAGGACCUCGAUCUACAGGGGACGCGCUACUCCGUCUCCAUCUUCAUCUUCACGAUUGCCAGUGUCGUGUUCCAGCUGCCCUGUACGGUCGCCGUGCGCUGGGUCGGCCCACGUCUCUGGUUCUCGGGCAUCACCAUCUGCUUCGGACUGAUCACCAUGUGCACGGCAUUCAUCCAUUCCUGGCGACAGAUGAUUGCUCUCCGCAUCCUCCUGGGCAUCGCCAUGUCUGGCAUCUAUCCAGGCCUGACGUACCUGGUCAGCACCUGGUACACCCGUCGGGAGCAGCAGCUGCGCUUUGCCUUCCUCCAGACGGGUGAGGUCACGGCGUUGGCCACCGGCAACAUCGUCAACUUCGGUCUGAACCUGUUGGAUGGACGCGCGGGCUUGCGAGGCUGGCGCUGGAUGUACCUCGUGCAGGGUCUCAUCACAUGUGUCAUAGGCAUUGUCACCUACUGGUGGAUGGUCGACUUCCCGGAGAACGCCGAGAACAGUUUCUACUUCCUGUCCAGCACGCAGGCAAAAAUCGCCGUGCGACGGAUCCAAAUCGACCGCGACGAUGUUGUGCCGGAGCCACUGACCUGGCGCAGGAUCACCGUCCACUUCUUGGAUCCCCAAUUGUACGGAUUCGCCGGCAUGUUCUUUCUUCUGAACCUAGUGUCGACCGCCUUGAGCUACUUUCUUCCCAUCAUCCUGCAGUCAGGAAUGGGGUUUUCCGGUAACAAAUCGAUCCUACUCUCUACGCCGCCGUAUUACUGGUCCAUCGUCCCCGUUCUCUUCACCUCCCUCAUCGGAGACAGGUAUCGCAUUCGCGGGCCCCUGAUCACCUUCAAUGCGCUCUGCCUGAUAGGAGGGUUCCUGAUGUUUGGUCUCCCGGCCUCCACACAAGUCACAGUACGGUACCUCGGCACUUUCCUGGCUACUGGAGCUUAUAUCUCAAACUGGGCUGCGCUGAACGCCUUCAUGGCCAACAAUGUGGUGGGACAAUGGAAGCGAGCCACCACCGCAGCCGCCGUGGCGGCCUGUAACGGGUUGGGCGGCGUGGCAGGCAGCUAUAUCGUGCGACAGCAGGAGGCGCCACAGUAUACAACGGCUGUCUGGGUCUCGAUCGGGUCGCAUAUUCUGAUGAUCGCCGUUGUGGGUAUAUUCACCAUCUGCUUUUAUGCAAGUAAUAAACAGCAUGACCGAAGUGGACGUCUCCUUCAGAACACGGUUGGAUUCCGGUAUACCUAUUGA